GCGAGUAGGCGACUGUGGCGAGUGGCGACAGAGCGGCACACACGUCGGCUGGCGGCCGCAGAACAAAAAAAGAGGACGCCAAGAUGCGGUAGUACAAGGAAAGGCGAGGCUUCUUGCUCACUUCUCUCUUGCCCUCUGCAUGCCGAUAGCCGCUAAGCUCUUCUACUACCAGCGCCGCCGCCCGCCGCCGCCACCGCUUCCGGAGCCCACCGAGCCCCGCAGCGUCGACUCCUCCGCCGCCCGCCGCCGGGUUCACCCCAUUCGCUCCGCGCACCACAGGCCGGGCUAUGAAGUUCUUCGAGGAAGCCAGAGAGAGCGAGGGGCGUCUAGCGGAAGCAUAACCGAGCCAACAAGGAACGUGCUCUUCAGCACAAGACAAAGCUGCAACGCAUCAAAUGACCGACUUCCUGAUGCGGUUCAACAGGCCAAGGAGAGGCUUCAUCAAAGGCUCCGAAGUGUAGACCUGUUUCCAGGGAGAAGGCUAGCAGCACCAGCCGUAGGAACCAUUUGGGCUGGACCUGAUCUUCCUUCGGAAUGUGAUAUCUGCACAUCAAAGGACGGCAGACUGGCCGACCGAACUUUUCUCUUCAACUCCAGAGCCUCCCUGUCAGACCACAAAGUUAAACAGAUCACAGCAGAGACGUUCAGCGAUGCGGCGGUGGUUGCGCCACAUCAUCUGAGGCCUGUCUCCAAAGUAGGAGAAGGAAUGAUCGAAGGCGGUGUUGCGGAGUCCUCAGUGGAUUGUUCGAUAUGCCUUGAAGGAUGCCAUGGUGCAUCAGACGGGCUGAUCCAGCUGCGCUGCAAGCACAUCUUCCAUUCGGCCUGCCUGGAGCACUGGCUGCAGUCCCGCGCCGAUUGUCCGUACUGCAGGGCCGGCGUCGUCCUAUCCUACCACGGAAAGAGUAUUAGCAGCGCGGUGCGGCUUUAGUGAAAGAACACUCGAGUUGCUACUUGCUGUGUGCUUUUUGAGAUGUUUGCUUCAGGAUCAAGUUUUGCUGCAGAAGGCUUGAAACAGAGCUGGCCUCGCUGCACCUCCUAAGUCUGUAACUCAGAUUCUGCAGUCCUCUGUGCACAUGAUCCUGCUCUUUUUAAUAACAGUGUUAGAGGCUGACUUGUCGUUCCA